UCUAGAUCUGGUUUUCCAAACAAACCCGCAGUUUGUUUAGCCAAAUGUUAUGUUCACAACAAUUUCACACUUGUGCGGCUGUGAAGAUGCACACAACAAGAGCAUUCCAUUCCAGUGGCAGCCGCAGCCGCAGCCGCAGCCAGCCACCCGCAUGGUCGUCUCGUCUUCUUCCCUGAUCAGGCAGCAGGACUAGAUCCAUUCCCCCUCCCUCUGCCAAUCUGGCCAGCUAGCCAGCCCAGUCCCCACGCCCAUCCCAUCCCAUCUAAAAACUGCAUCGAAUCCUCGCCGCCGCACCGCUAGGACUCAGCCGACGGCAUGCCGCCGCCCAACUCCGCUCCCCGCCUCGCGCUUCCCGCAAUGGCCCGAUCCCAGACCCAGACCCAGUCCCAGGGAGACCUCGACUUCCCGUCCCUCAUCUCCGACCUCACCUCCCUGCUCCUCCACUCCCCCGCCAGCGCCGGCGCCGGUGGCUCCGGACCCGUCUUCUCCUCCUCCUCCCUUUCCAUCCCCACUCCCAAACCCAAGCCGAACCCCAGUCCCACAUCAGCAGCGCCGCCGACCCCGCUGGCGCGCGCGGCCAUCGGGGCCUGCGCGGGCGCGGCCGCGGGGGCCUUCACUUACGCGGCGCUGCUCCCCAUCGACGCCGUGAAGACGCGGCUCCAGGUGCAGGCGGCCGCCGCGCCGUCUGUGACCUCGUGGCAGGUGUUCCUGGACAUCCUCCGGACCGACGGCCCCCUCGGCCUCUACCGUGGCCUCUCCGCCGUCAUCCUCGGCUCCGCCUCCUCCUCCGCCGUCUACUUCGGCACCUGCGAGCUCGCCAAGUCGCUGCUCCGGCCGCACCUCCCGCCGUUCCUCGUGCCCCCACUCGCGGGGGCCAGCGGCAACGUCUCGUCCUCCGCCAUCAUGGUGCCCAAGGAGCUGAUCACGCAGCGCCUCCAGUCCGGCGCCGCCACGGGCCGGUCCUGGCAGGUGCUCCUGGGCAUCCUCCGCGCCGACGGCUUCCUCGGCCUCUACGCGGGCUACGCCGCCACGCUGCUCCGCAACCUCCCCGCCGGCGUGCUCAGCUACUCCUCCUUCGAGUACCUCAAGGCGUUCGCGCUGAGGCGCCGCGGCGGAGAGAGCCUGACGCCCGGGGAGAGCGUCCUCUGCGGCGCCCUCGCGGGGGCCAUCUCCGCCGCGGUCACCACCCCGCUCGACGUCGUCAAGACGCGCCUCAUGACCAGGGUCGGCGGCGCCGAGGGUAGCCGCACCGUGCUCGGGACCAUGAGGGAGGUCGUCGCGGAGGAGGGGCUCGUCGGCCUGUCCCGUGGCAUCGGGCCCAGGGUGCUGCACAGCGCGUGCUUUGCGGCGCUAGGCUACUGUGCCUUUGAGACCGCGAAGCUUGCCAUCCUGCAGUGCUACCUUGAACGCUGCCAGAGCAAGGAGCCUGGAGCAGCAGCGCAGCCAGAGACGGAGCCUGGAGCUGCCGCUGCUACUUGAGAGUUUGCUGCCUGCCUGCUUUCCUUUUUGCGCCUUUUUCCCCAGGGAGGGAAGGUAACUGUUGCUGCUUGGUACUACUCUAGUCUAGGUGUAUGCUACGUUGGCAGAUGAUGCACCAUUAUAGAGUAAAUUUCAGAAACAGCAUGGCAGUUACACAAGUCUCAACAACAUUAAACUAUUAAGUUACUAGACAUCAAAUCUGGUGGAAAUUGGAUACAUUCUUCAUAAUUGGUUCGAUUUGUGCGUAUUUCUGCUGUUCCACUGGUGGUGAAACUACAACUGUUCCUUAUCUGUCUAGCACCGUUGUUAUUCUGGGCUAUCCAGCCCCUUCUGUUACUGUUGUUAAUGUGAUCCCUCUUAAUUUCCU